UUCACCAUUCCAGUUUUCUUGCACGAGGUGUACUGUACCGCAUCACUGCCCUUCCCUAACAAGUCCAGCAACACGGAACCUGACUGAGCAUUCCACGUUUUGCCUAGUCAAGCUGCAGGUAGUAACGUCUGCCAUCCAGUUUGGAGAAGCCACGAUCUUUUAGAAACAGCUAUGAAUGACUGGAGCUACUCCGAUCGUUAACAGAUGAACUUUGAGGAGAAACAAACUACUUUCUGAAGUACUGACUUGUUAUAAAACAAACGUGGAGCAAUAAAGAAGUUAUAUUAUUUUAUUACUAGAAGCAAACUAGAAAAUGAGACUCCGAAUGACUUCACUAAGACGUCUGUUAAGAAAACAUUUUUUACCAUGGAAGAUUGCAUUAGCAACUUUUGUUUUCAUUUCAUUUUUAUUCCUUAUGCAAAAGGAAGUUGUUAGCUGGGAUGACAGUGAGGAACCAUGGCACCGCAAUAUGGCUAACAAGAGCAAUAAAGUCAUGGACAUCAUGAUGGUUGCAGUGAAAAACAUUAGGGAUGUGAUGCCAGAAAUGCAGAUAAAUGCACCUAUUAGGCAAGAAGAAAGUGUUAAUCAGAAACGGUGUUUGCCUGGGUAUUACAGCGCUGCUGAACUGGAACCAUUAAUGAAGCGACCCCCACAAGACCCAAAUGCACCAGGAGCUGCAGGAAAACCCUUUCUUACUGAUAAGCUAAGUCCAGAAGAGCAGAAAGAGAAGGAAACUGGCAGUAAAAAACACUGUUUUAAUGUCUUUGCGAGUGACAGGAUUUCUCUGCACCGUGAUCUUGGACCAGACACAAGACCUCCUGAAUGUAUUGAGCAGAAGUUCAAGCGAUGCCCAUCUUUACCUACUACUAGUGUUGUUAUAGUUUUUCACAAUGAAGCAUGGUCUACAUUACUAAGAACUGUUCACAGUGUAAUGGACACUUCACCUGCCAUCUUCCUGAAGGAAAUUAUUUUGGUGGAUGAUGCAAGCACAGAUGACUACCUGAAGGAUAAGUUAGAUGACUACGUGAAGCAGUUUCAAAUAGUUAAAGUAGUCCGACAAAUAGAAAGAAAAGGUUUAAUUUCUGCACGACUACUUGGAGCCUCCGUAGCGACGGCGGAUACUCUUACAUUUCUGGAUGCCCACUGUGAAUGUUUUACUGGUUGGCUUGAACCAUUGUUGGCAAGAAUAUCAGAAAAUUAUACUGCUGUUGUAAGUCCAGAUAUAGCAACAAUAAGCCUUGAUACAUUUGAGUUUAUGAAACCGAACCCUUAUGGACAAAAUAAAAACCGUGGAAACUUUGACUGGCAAUUGACAUUUGGAUGGGAAGGGCUUCCUGAUCAUGAAAAUCAAAGAAGAAAAAAUGAAACCUAUCCAAUAAAAUCACCUACAUUUGCUGGAGGACUCUUUACAAUUUCCAGACAUUAUUUUUACUAUAUAGGAAGCUACGAUGAAGAAAUGGAAAUCUGGGGAGGAGAAAAUGUAGAAAUGUCUUUCAGGGUGUGGCAAUGUGGAGGACAGCUGGAAAUAAUCCCUUGCUCUGUAGUGGGACACGUUUUUCGUAAACAGAGCCCACAUUCUUUUCCUAAAGGAGCACAAGUAAUUGUCCGUAAUCAGGUGCGCUUAGCUGAAGUGUGGAUGGAUGACUAUAAGCAUAUAUUUUAUCGCCGGAAUAACUUGGCACUCAAAAUGUCCAGGGAGGGAACAUUUGGAAACAUUACUAAAAGACUAGAAUUGAGAAAACAUAUUCAGUGCAAGGACUUUUCUUGGUAUUUGAAAAAUGUUUAUCCUGAAGCAUAUGUGCCAGAUAUUAAUCCACCUCUGUCAGGAGCUAUAAGAAAUACUGGCCUUCAAGCCUGUUUGGACACUGGACAAGACAACAAAGGUGAUAAGCCAUUAAUUAUGUAUGCCUGCCAUGGUCUUGGAGGAAAUCAGUACUUUGAAUACACUUCUCAACAAGAGAUUCGACAUAGUGCUGGUAAGGAGCUGUGUCUACGUGGUUAUCAGGUGGGAGCGAAACUUCAGGAGUGUCAAUACAAGAGUCAAAAUACAUUUCCCAUAGCAGAGGAAAAGUGGGAGAUCAGACAGGAUCAUCUCAUAUUUAAUUUGGGAAUGAAGAUGUGCCUUUCCAUAAGUGAGAAGCAACCAACCUUAGCACCAUGCAACUCUGAAGAUGUAUUCCAGAAGUGGGUCUUUGAAUAAAGAUCUGUUGCUGACAAAUCAUAAAAUGAGGAAAGUUUGCUUCUGUGUAAACUCAGGAGUAACUGUGAAAAUAAUCUUUUUAAAAGUUCACUGUCACAGAAUACUUUUAAAACAUCACUGAAAGGAAUGUUUCGGAAAUUAUGUUUUCAUCUUUUUUAACUGGACUUGAGUAUUGACAUGUCGACUCAUUUACAAAAUAUGCCAAAGAAUAUAUGAGUUAAAUAUAUACUACUGAGAUUUUACUUUGGAUGCAAUAAGAAAAUACUCUUUACUGAAAAAUGUUUACAGCAACCGCUUGUAUAUGUGCUUGCAGACAUACCUCUCAACUUCUUAGCACAUGAAUCAGGGACAGAGCCAAAAAUGUUGGGAAAGGUCAGAAAUUGGGGAUAGUUUUUGGGUUCCUAUUACAUGAGUGAAUGCUAGAAAUAGCGAACGCUCAUUUGUCGGACCCAAAUGCACAAAACCACAGAAUAUCAAAGGAACGGAUCAGCGAAUUUAUUUCCCAGGGAAAAAAUUCGCUGGGCCAUCCUCUGGACUUUGCUGUUUUCUUCACUGUGGUGUGAUGUCGGACUUGGUAUAUUUAAGGUGGGGGUGUG